AUGUAUAACCAAUAUUUAUUCUGUGUGUCUUAUGGUUUUGCUGUUUCAGGUUCACAAAUUAAGACUUUCACAUCACUGAGGUUUUUGAUUGAGCCUUCGGAUGCUGUCACCAUGCGUGGAAGCAAUGUGCUGUUGAACUGCAUAGCAGAAUCAGAUCGAGGAGCCCCAGUUAUUAAAUGGAAGAAGGACGCGGUCUUCUUAAACCUGGCAGUAGAUGAAAGGAGGCAGCAGCUGGCCAAUGGAUCACUCUUGAUACAGAACAUAGUCCACUCCAGGCACCACAAGCCAGAUGAAGGUGUCUACCAGUGUGAAGCAUCUCUAGAAGGCAUUGGAGCUAUCAUCAGUCGGACAGCUAAGGUCAUGGUAGCAGGACCACUGAGGUUUCUUUCCCAGACAGAAUCUGUCACGGCUUUUGCGGGAGACACCAUUCUGCUGAAGUGUGAAGUCGUGGGGGAGCCCAUGCCCGUGGUGCACUGGCAGCGAAACCAGGAGGACUUGUUCCCGAGCCCGGCUGACACGCGGGUGGCCGUCCUGCCCUCCGGAGCUUUACAGAUCAGCAGGGUCCAGCAUGGGGACAGCGGGAUCUACAGGUGCCUGGCGAAAAACCCGGCCAGUUCGAGAACGGGAAAUGAUGCGGAAGUCAGAGUUCUGGCAGAUCCAGGUUUGCACAGACAGCAGUUUUUCCUGCAGCGACCGUCGAACGUGGUGGCCAUGGAAGGGAAGGAUGCUGUUCUGGAGUGCUGCGUCUCUGGGUACCCCCCUCCCACCUUCACGUGGCUGCGAGGAGACGAAGUGCUCCCCAUCAGGUCCAAAAAGUAUUCCUUACUGGCUGGCAGUAACUUACUCAUAUCAAAUGUGACUGACGACGAUUCUGGGACGUACAUGUGCGUAGUCACCUACAAAAACGAGAACAGCAGUGGCUCUGCAGAGCUGUCAGUGAUGGUUCCACCAUGGUUUUUAAUUCGCCCUUCAAAUCUUUACGCCUACGAGAGUAUGGAUAUUGAGUUUGAAUGUGCCGUGUCUGGGAAGCCUGUUCCUACGGUGGAGUGGAUCAAGAAUGGAGAAGUGGUCAUUCCUAGCGACUAUUUUCAGAUCGUGGGUGGCAGCAACUUACGGAUUCUGGGCUUGGUAAAGUCAGAUGAAGGUUUUUAUCAGUGUGUAGCUGAAAACGAAGCUGGAAACGCACAGGCCAGCGCACAGCUAAUCAUCCCAGAGCCUGCUGUCCCAAGUUCCAGUGUCCUCCCCUCUGCCCCCCGAGAUGUGGUCCCUGUUUUGGUCUCCAGCCGAUUCGUCCGUCUCAGCUGGCGCCCACCUGCAGAAGCCAGAGGCAGCGUCCAGACGUACACGGUCUUCUUCUCCAGGGAUGGCGUCAACAGGGAACGGGCAGUCAACACAUCUCAAUCUGGGACACUUCAACUUACCGUGGGCAACCUGAAGCCGGAGGAGACCUACACCUUCCGAGUGGUGGCAUACAACGAGUGGGGACCUGGAGAGAGCUCGCAGCCCAUCAAGGUCGCCACGCAGCCGGAGCUGCAAGUUCCCGGGCCGGUGGAAAACCUGCGGGCUGUGUCUACCUCACCUACCUCGAUUCUCGUCUCCUGGGAUCCCCCUGCCUAUGCAAACGGCCCCGUUCAGGGCUACCGGCUCUUCUGUACGGAGACGGCGACUGGAAGAGAGCAGAACGUGGAGGUGGACGGGCUUUCCUACCGGCUGGAGGGGCUGAAGAAGUUCACCGAGUACACCCUGCGCUUCCUCGCCUACAAUCGCUACGGCCCCGGUGUCUCCACUGAGGAUGUGACGGUCACAACGCUUUCGGACGUGCCCAGCGCGAUGCCUCAGAACGUCUCCUUGGAAGUGGUUAACUCCAGGAGCAUCAAAGUUAGCUGGUUGCCUCCGCCACCAGGUACUCAAAAUGGAUUUAUUACGGGCUAUAAAAUCCGACACAGAAAGACUACCCGCAGGGGUGAGAUUGAAACGCUGGAGCCAAACAACCUCUGGUACUUGUUCACAGGACUCGAGAAAGGAAGCCAAUACAGUUUCCAGGUGGCUGCCAUGACAGUGAAUGGGACGGGACCCCCCUCGGACUGGUACACAGCGGAAACACCCGAGAACGAUCUCGACGAAUCUCAGGUUCCUGACCAGCCAAGCUCUCUUCAUGUCAGGCCCUUGACAACAAGUAUCGUCAUGAGUUGGACUCCGCCGCUGAACCCAAACAUCGUCGUCCGCGGGUACAUCAUCGGCUACGGCGUAGGCAGCCCGUACGCUGAGACUGUGCGGGUGGACAGUAAACAGCGUUAUUAUUCCAUUGAAAAUUUGGAGCCAAGUUCCCACUACGUGAUUUCCUUAAAGGCCUUUAACAACGCAGGCGAAGGGGUGCCUCUCUACGAAAGCGCGACCACCAGGUCGAUGACAGUCCCAGAUAUCUCCACCCCCAUGCUCCCACCAGUAGGUGUCCAGGCUGUUGCACUUACGCAUGAUGCAGUGAGGGUCAUCUGGGCAGACAACUCUGUCCCAAAGAACCAAAAGACUACGGAGGUUCGCUUCUACACGGUCCGAUGGAGAACGAGCUAUUCGACAAGUGCGAAGUACAAGUCGGCAGACACGACCGCUCUGAGUCACACCGUGAUAGGUCUGAAGCCAAACACCAUGUACGAGUUCUCCGUCAUGGUCACCAAAGGUCGGCGGUCCAGCACCUGGAGCAUGACCGCGCACGCCACCACCUAUGAAGCAGCCCCAACCUCUGCUCCCAAGGAUUUGACAGUCAUUACACGGGAGGGGAAGCCCCGGGCCGUCAUUGUCAGCUGGCAGCCACCGUUGGAAGCCAAUGGAAAAAUUACUGCUUACAUCCUCUUCUAUACUUUGGACAAGAAUGCUCCAAUUGAUGACUGGAUUAUGGAGUCCAUCAGCGGCGACCGGCUCACCCACCAAAUCAUGGACCUCAACCUGGACACCGUCUACUACUUCAGAAUCCAAGCUCGCAACGCCAAGGGAGUGGGACCCCUCUCCGAUCCUGUUUUCUUCCGGACACUGAAAGUCGAACACCCUGACAAAAUGGCUAACGACCAAGGUCGUCACGGGGAUGGUUCCUACUGGCCGGUGGACACCAACCUGAUCGACAGGAGCAGUCUGAACGAGCCCCCCAUCGGGCAGAUGCACCCUCCCCACGGCAGCGUCACACCCCAGAAGAACAGCAACCUCCUUGUCAUCAUCGUCGUCACCGUCGGCGUCAUCACCGUGGUGGUGGUGGUGGUGGUGGCCGUCAUCUGCACCAGGCGCUCCUCGGCGCAGCAGAGGAAGAAACGCGCAACCCACAGCGCUGGUAAAAGGAAGGGCAGCCAGAAGGACCUGAGACCCCCGGAUCUGUGGAUACACCACGAGGAGAUGGAAAUGAAGAACAUCGAGAAGCCGACGGGCUCAGACCCCGCAGGAAGGGACUCACCGAUGCAGAGCUGCCAGGACAUCACCCCCGUCAGCCACAGCCAGUCGGAAACGCAGCUGGGUACCAAGAGCACCCCACAGCCCGGUCCUGAGACAGAAGAUGUUGGAAGCAGCAUGUCCACGUUAGAGCGCUCGCUUGCAGCCCGCAGAGCCACCCGUGCCAAGCUCAUGAUCCCCAUGGAUUCACAACCGAACAACCCUCCUGUUGUCAGUGCCAUUCCGGUGCCAACACUAGAAAGUGCCCAGUACCCCGGAAUCCUGCCGUCGCCCACCUGCGGAUACCCACACCCGCAGUUCACCCUUCGGCCGGUGCCGUUCCCGACCCUCUCUGUGGACAGGACCUUUGGAGCAGGAAGAACUGUAAACGAAGCCCCAGCACCACAGCAGCCAUCCUUGCUCCCGCAGACGCAGCCCGAGCACUCCAACAACGAGGACGCCCCGAGCAGAACCAUCCCCACCGCCUGCGUCCGCCCUACUCACCCUCUCCGCAGCUUUGCCAACCCCUUGCUACCUCCGCCCAUGAGUGCAAUAGAACCGAAAGUCCCUUACACACCACUUCUGUCUCAAACAGGGCCUAACCUCCCCAAGGCUCAGGUUAAAACAGCAUCCCUCGGCUUGGCAGGGAAAGCCAGGUCGCCUCUGCUGCCCGUCUCGGUGCCCACGGCCCCGGAGGUCGCAGAAGAGGGUCACAAGCAGGCGGAGGACUCGACAAACGUUUACGAGCAGGAUGAUCUGAGCGAACAGAUGGCCAGUUUGGAGGGGCUAAUGAAGCAACUCAACGCUAUCACAGGCUCAGCCUUCUAACGGCUCUUGAUGAAGCGAUAAUUAUCCCGGAGCGUUGCAGCAUACCAGGAUUUCACACAUACCACCCACGUCUGCCACUCCAUAAAAAUCAUCUUGUUCCCGGUACCACUCCUUCAGCGCAAGGAAGAUUCCUGCAAAGUCCUAAAAGGAACGAUAAAAAGAAGAAAAAGGAAAGAAUAAUAAUGGAAAUGUUACAGAACUGUAGAUCUGGCGUCUAAAGCGACGGAAGCGUGGCAAGGCGAACGACAUCAUCACCGCGGAGUCGUAGCUGAUGCCACCGGAUUGCUCAUUUUGAUCUACUAGUCUUCGUAGAGCUCAAGUUGUCGGGACUAACUCAUGUUUUACUCCGUAGAGGUUUGUAGCUCUUUGUGUAGAUCUAGUCUUACCUCAUUCGAGUAUGUUUUUAAACAUAGACCAUGCCGCUAAUGAGACAGUGUCGUAGGUCACUCGUUUGUUGGUUUUGUUUUUUUUUUUUUUUUUAAAUACAUAAUUACUGACUACGAAAACACCCAUAGCAAAUAAUCGCACCACCGCACCAACAAUCUGGAAGUUUUCCCAACAGCACAAAAUGAAAAGACAGAUUACUAAUUUCUUUUGUCGUCUCCAUCACUCAUCUCGCACGAAGCGGUGGGGAUUAGCAAGUUGCUGUUAAAUUCAGCCAUUUUAGCAAGCGGUCGUAAAUCCUCCCUAUGGCAAAAUCCUACCUAUGGCAAACAGAGAACCAGGAAUGUUAAGAAAAAGAAAAGGGAAAAAAAAAAAAUCUGCAUUGGUGGCCUGCUGCCAGCGUACGCUUGCAACAAGAGGACGUAAUACGCAAUCUUCUCUGACACGCAGUCAUUACGUGCUUAAGCUUGUAAUGAAACGUGGCUGCGUAUGGGCGCCCUUCGUGCCCGCCCGCCCCGUGAUGACGUUGGGAAGCGUUGCUGGGGCCGCCACGAGCCGGAGCAGAGAGAAAAACCGGAGCUGAAGUUGCCCCGAGCCUUUUCCAUCCCCCCCCCCACCCACCCACCCCCAGCAUCCCGCCGGGAUGGCUCCGGUCCGAGGACCCCGUCCACCUGGGAUGCCGACGGGCGGAGGAUGAGGAGGGCGAAGGGGUGGAAGACGCUGGACGCUUCCCGCGGGCAGGACACCAGCCUGGGGGAAGAACCAGAGAGGCCGGUAAAGAACUUUGAAAUUAAUGAGGAGGGCUUUUCUGCAAGCGUGCUUAUUUCCUGGUUGAGAUCGGCAGCAAUCCGUGAGAACAGCAAGGGAAUUGUGGAGAGCGGCGGGACACCGAGAACCGUCGUCAGGGAUUCCCUCGCCUCGUCCUAGUGCUUUAGCCGCGCAUUACGGUGUUUAUUGACAACGAUAACUGGCUGAAUUGAGUAAAUUUUGUGGGCAUACAUUUUCUUGCUAAAUUUUCAGCUGCAUUCAGCGUUAAUCCCUGUUUAUGCAGCUGAAUCACCAAAAGGGACCUCAUUUGCAUAUUUAUCAGUUAGGAGGCUGCAAAACCCAACGAGAGAGUUUCAGAUGAAUUAUUCCAUUCAGCUCUGCCUUUGAUUUCAAGCUUGAGUGGGUCAUAAUUUUAAAAGAGCAUGGAAAGGAUAGGAUCUUUACAACCUAAUAGCUCCUUUUAUUAGGUGGGUAAUUAUAUGUGAAUCUCCGAAUAAAAUCUUUGGAGUAAAAUGGCACUGCAACAGAAGUAAUAAUUCAGAUUCUUUUCUACGGCCCCGUGCCGGAAAGGAAAUCAGAUGUCAAGGAGGAAUUCAAAUGCUUCAUUAGGAACUCUAGUGUGUUUGUGAAAACGCUCCUUUGAAAAAUGCCUUGUUAUUCAAUUUACUAAGAUUUUAAUUCUCGUGAGUGAGGAAAUCUUGUUUGCGUGGCAGGGGGAGCUUUCCAGUUCUGAAAGAUUUGUAACCAAAAACCUCUCCUAAAAAUAAAAUGCACAAAUCUUUCCCGAUGAAGAGCCGGCUCAGCCGUUAGACCCUAUAAAAUCACUCCCUCCAUUUUAAGUCGGAAAAAAGAAAACUUAAUGCAGCUUUCGAAUAGCUCCCCGUCCGCAUUGGCGGAGGUUGACGCUGUUGAAACAGGAACGUAGGGUCAAACCUGUCUCUCGCUCAUCAUUUAUGAAAUAUCUCUUGCCCUGGGAUUUGCAGCAGGAAAGCUGGGAACAGAAACCGCCCCCAGGACUUGAAAAGAGCAGCACUGCACCUUUUUAAUCGCGGAAUGCUAAUCCAGGAUCAAGCGUCUAACGAUCCCAAAUUGCCUAAAAUCAGGUGAGCCGCGAAGAGGUUCGCGAGUCGGAUUUUGUUUGGUUCAGACGCAAACCGUCGGUGUUGAUCAACCUCUUCGUUUUGUUCGGGCGUCUCGUCUUUCGACGUAACGCUAAGCCCCUGAAAGUCGGCGGAUUGAUCUGGCGCUCCCGGGAGCGCGGCUUUUCUUCUGCCGUUCGAAGCGUUCUCUGUUUUCAGGCUCAGCCCGGUUCAAUCGAUUAACGCUUGCGGACCAAGGCCAAGGUCCGCGCCGAAACAAGCCCUCGCGUACUUCGUCCGCGGGAAGGAACGACUCCAUCGGCUCAGCCCAAGCGAGGCACAGCCGCUCCCCACCCCCCUUUCUAAAUAAAUUAGGAAGAAAUUUCUGCAUUUGUCAGUAAAACUAAAUUAGUCCGUAGAAACACUUGAGUUUUAGGGUCGGUUGGGUUUUUUUUUUUAAUUCUCCUUCAGCUGUACCCUUUACCUCCCCUGAGGAGUGACACUAAAGUUGGGUGUCGUUGUCCUAAGGAGCCUCGGAGACAUUCCCAGCCUUCCUUGGAGGGCGAUUUGAGCACAAUACCUAAUUAGUAGCAAGGAUUUCUUUUAAAAUUUCACCUUACUCCGUAACUUGGCAAAACUCAAACGAGGUUUUUUAUUAGCGUAAAUCUUCCACAUCGGAUUUUUUUUCUGAUGCUCUAUUUAUUUGAGCUUGGCUGAGAAUUUUUUUGGAUUUUUUUGACAAAUUCCUCAACUGUCAGAACAUUUACAACCCGUGACUAUCUCGGCCACGGACAAUCCCAGAAAAAUGUAAUGAGACAUCUGUCAACGCAAGAUGGGUUUGUGAAGCUCGAUGUUACCGUGGAAGAUCAUUAGCUAAUCAAUACAACAGGGCUGCCAUAAACAGGUGGGGGAAAAAAACCCCAGGAGCUGAAAGAAGAGAUUUUUUUUUUUCUCCCCCUCCCCCCCUUUUUUUUUGCUCCCAGACCUAAAAAUGGAGCAAUAUCAAUGGUUCAAAAGGUGGAGGGCUCCCUAGCUCAGCGUCUUUAUGGACUGCUUAGAUGAUCGCUUCUGGGGAAAGGAUUCGGUCUCUUUGAGAAGCUGUUUAGUUUUUGGAAGGGGGAAAGAUAAUCUGCUCGUUGUUCUUGCAUGUGAUCUUGAUAACGUCACGAGUUAGGGUUCCACGCGCAUGCUGCCAAAAUUUUGCCGUAGGCUUUGCGGUGUCACUGCUCAAGGAGCGAGGACCAUCAUAGCCCGUAAAAUGAUCCGACCGUUUGCGCACCCUCGUGUUUGGGAACUGGUAAUUCCCAACUAAGAGGCAACCAAAAAUUGGAGGAGCACGGAGACAGUCGUGCAGCUCCGAGCAGGAUUACCCACUCCCGAGUUCUUUGCAUCGAGCCUUUUCUUUUAGGAGCUUUGCCUUGAGUUUUUUUUUUCCCAGGAGCAUCUUUUCACCAACCCCUCCCCAGAGCCAGCUCUUCUACAAACUGGCUUAGGUAGGACUGCCGUGCGUCUGAUUCCCUCCUUGACAUUUUUAAAGCCUAGAUUUUUUUAAUUUUUUUUUUUUAAAACGUUUCUCCUGAGCUUCUGGGCGCGUUUGCAGCGCGCGCUCACUCGCUCCGACAUCUUCCGCCGAAACACACGGUGCAACCCAGAAAAAGAGCUGGCAAAACGACGGCAGGGCGUGGAAGGACGGGAGCGAGUUUACAGUAACGCCGUCUCGGGAUCCUUCCAGCCCUUGGGAGACGUCAGGUGUCUUCUUCUGUGGUCAGAGCUGAUGGUGUCAUUCCUGCUGUAGGGUCCUCGUGCUCUCCUAGCUGGCGCCUAACGCUGAAUCCUGCAAAUCCACACGCAGACGCUCGCGCCCGCUGCCCGUGACCAAGCACGAGCCACCGUUAGCAAUACCCACGGUAAAACCAGGCGCAACCGUUUGCGGGGCGAGCGCCGGCGGCGUUACCGAGGCGCUCGUUAAAUCCCGACGCAGACGAAGGGGAGGGAAGCGCUCUGCGGGCAACGCCGGUGGGACGCAGAAGGCGGCGAAUCUGCAACCCCCCCCACCCCGGCCUCCUUUCUGAGAUGGAUACCUGGAAGCUGGAUGGAAGACGAUGGUGUUUUUAAAAAAAAAAAUCAUGGCUUCGCAGGCGAUUGGAGAUUGUUUUUCCUGUCGGCUUUGUUUCCCCGCGUUCCCCAUUAAGCUGCUCAGUGUCCCGUCUGGUGUCGAACUGGGUUCCUGGAGGCUCCAUGACAAUUUUUUUUUUUUUUUCUUUUUUUCCGAAACGUUCUUCAGCAAACGGCAUUGAACGCAUCCUCAUUCUGAGCUUGGCUGGCUGGAGAACGCGAGGUGGCACGAGCCAGCCGGCUUCGCUGUAUGCUGUACAUGUAUUUCCGAGCGCGAGGAAGCGACGGCGGUAGAAGGAACGAUGCUGUUUUUAUUCUUGUAAAAUAGAC